GCGGAAGCGGCGCGCGGCAGCCCCGGGAGCGAGACCCGGGAGCGAGACCCGGGCGCUGCCGCCUCCCGCGCCAUGGCGGCCUCGGCGCUGCCCCCGCUGCCGCCGCAGCUCAAGAGCAUCCAGCACCAUCUGCGGACCGCGCAGGAGCUGGACAAGCGGGAGCCCGUGGUGGCGUACUACUGUCGUUUGUAUGCAAUGCAAACAGGGAUGAAGAUUGAUAGUAAAACCCCAGAAUGCCGUAAAUUUUUAUCCAAACUUAUGGAUCAGUUGGAAGCUAUGAAAAAGCAAUUUGGUGAUAAUGAAGCAAUUACUCAGGAAAUUGUUGGUUCUGCUCAUGUGGAGAAUUAUGCCUUGAAAAUGUUUUUGUAUGCAGACAAUGAAGACAGAGCUGGGCAAUUUCAUAAAAACAUGAUAAAAUCCUUUUAUACUGCAAGUCUCCUGAUAGAUGUUCUAACGGUAUUUGGGGAGCUCUCUGAAGAGAAUGCCCAGCACAGGAAGUACGCCAGGUGGAAGGCAGCAUACAUUCAUAACUGCUUAAAGAAUGGAGAGACUCCUCAACCUGGCCCCAUUGGACUGGAAGGAGAGAGCUUUGCAGAUGCUGAAAGGGAAGAAGCGGGGUCAUCUUCUGUCCAUGGUGGAACAACUCAACCAUCAUCAUCAUCAUCAUCUACAUAUGAAGCUAACAACAUACCAACUAGUAAUUACACUGGCAUACAUAUACCACCAGGUGCCCAUGCACCAGCCAACACUCCAGCUGAAGUACCUCAUAACGCAGGAGUGACAAGUAACACCAUUCAGCCUACUCCUCAGAAUAUUCCUCUAGUUGAUCCUUCCCUUUACAGCGCUCAGUCUUCAGGAGAAGUCCGCUUGACUCCAGAGGACUUUGCCAGAGCUCAAAAAUAUUGCAAAUAUGCUGGCAGUGCUUUGCAGUAUGAAGAUGUGAGCACUGCUGUGCAGAAUCUACAGAAGGCCCUCAAGUUACUGAUUACAGGCAGAGAAUGAAGCUUUAAUCCACCAGAUUCAUGUCUUUCACCUAAAGAGCUAACAGUUUAUUACUGUACCUGUUAAGGAAGUGGAGUUACACAGAAAUUCUCAAUCCCAUCAUUCAUGACAAUGAAACCACUGUUUCAGUGUCAGAUUAGCAAUUAAUGGUACAGUAGGAAUCUCUGUUUCCAUUUUACAGACAGUAGAGCUUGAAACAUGAAUGCAGUGGCUUGCUGUAUACAAAAUAUUGAAGAAAGUACUGUGAACACCAGUCAAGAGUUAGAAUUCAUCUUGCAAUAUUUGGAUUAUCAGAAUUGGAAAAUGCUGACUGUAAAAAACUUGAGAAUUAGGAUGUUCUGUUAAAAUUCUUACUCUUGUUGUAUUAUUGCAAACAAUUAUUUAAUAGGUAUAAUAGCUUUAAAAUGGUAACUAAGAUUAGUGCUUUCCUUCUGAAAUGAGAGCAUGUGAGAAGGCUGACAGGUCCAUACUUGGAAGGACUUUCUAUACUUAAAUCAUUUCGGUAUUUGUAUUAUCUGAGACAUGAGUCUAAGUUGAGAAAGUCUUGAGGAUCUUCGUAUUUCAUUUGAAAAUGUGCUGGAAAAAACAUCUCUUGAUACUUCAGAGGGAGUUGUUUUGAUGGUGUUCCAAUCUAAUCCCCCACAGCUGUAUGGACUACUACAUGUAUUCUUGAUUAUUGGUUCUUGCUCCUUCUGUGUGAACACUUACAAUUUUGUAUAUGUAUGGGCAAUUAAGAGAAAAUACUAAUAUUUAUCAACAAGGAUCCUGAAAUUGGAGGCAGAGAUUCUAAAUAACAUGAGCUUUCAGGAAGACUAAUGUCAAAACUGUUCCAUCUUUUUAAGAGGCUGGAAAAAAGCUUGUUCUUCAGCUAUUAAAGCACUAUAGGUUUGUCUCUGGUAUUAGUGUCAUAGAGCUUUGUAUUUCCAACUAAUAUUUUUCCUGUCUGCUUUGUUGUGAAGACUUUUUGGACUUGGGAUUUAAUUAAAAUAUCUUGGAAACUGAA